GCUUCUCUUUCUCUUCCUCUUCCUCUCCCCUUUCUUCUUCUUUUCCAGAAAUUUGGGUUUUACAAACGCCACGAGUAUCCUCUGGGCUUUCGUUUCCUUUUGACUGAGAGCCUCGAGUCUGUCCCUUUCGUGUCCGGUCACUUUAUAUACCCUUCUCAUUCUCUCGGGCAUAUACAUACAAACCCCCCUGGCCGCGUUCCACGGUUCGCCUCAGUGGCCAAUUGACAGGCAACAAUCUACCGAUUUCACCUCUCAACAGAAACGCCUCUUCUACAUGCAAUAGGCGCAUAGAACCGAUCCUUUCCAACCCCCAACAUGGCGUCUGUCACGUCUCUAGACAAAGACCUGCGCAAUCUGCGCCUGUCCCGCUAUACCCCGCAGGCAGCCGCCGAAGUGCGCGACUGGAUCGAGGAAGUCCUCCAUGAAUCACUACCUGCCGGGGAUCUUCUAGAAGCCCUGAAAGAUGGUGUCGCACUCUGCAGGUAAGACAUUCAGCCGUUUCUCGCACUCUUAUCACCUCACCAAGGACCUUCCGAGACAUGCCGGCCAAGGAGACUUCAUUGGGCAGCCAACUAACAAAGUCUCACCCGCUAGGCUCGUCAACCUUGCGGUCUCUCCCGGGGUCAAAUUCAAGCAAUCGUCGAUGCCCUUUGUGCAAAUGGAAAACAUCUCGCACUUCCUCCGGGCCUGUCAAAUUCAGCCCCUGAGUCUCCCGCCGCACGAUGUCUUCCUCACCGUCGACCUCUACGAAGGCAAGGACCCCGCGCAGGUCCUCCAGUGUCUGAUGGCCUUCAGUCGAAGAGCCAACGCAAUUCAACCGUCCAAGUUCCCCCGGACCAUCGGCCCUCAGAAUAAGGGGGGCACGUUGAGCCCUAAUAUGACGGGGUCCAGCCAGGGGGCCUACACGCCAACGAAGUCACGAUUCUACAACGGGGUCAGCGAUACCGCCUCGAACGUCUCCGCGCAAUCCAGCCCGUCCGCGAAAUCCCCAGCUGUCAGCAGCUGGAGUAAGAAGAGCGACGAGCAUUCGACCGCCCCGGCCUGGAACAUUCAUCAAUAUGGCUACAUGGGCGGCGCCAGCCAGGCUAACCAGGGCGUCGCUUUUGGCGCUCGUCGACAGAUCACUACCGCCGCGCCGCAUGUGCCGAGCCUGGCGGAGAAAGAGAAGCGCCGGCGCGAGGAAGAGGACCGGCUCCGUGCGGAGCAGGAACAUGCCGAGCGCAUGCGCCAGCUGAAACGGGAGGAACGCGAGGCAGAAGAGGAGCGUGCGCGCGCCGAGGAAGCGCGUCGCUGGGAGGAAGAGACGGCGCAGCUUCGGGAAAAGGAGCGGCUCGAAGUGGAGCAGCAACGGAAACAGUGGGAUGAAGAACAGCGCAAGUGGGAGGAGGAGGAGCGUCAACGUCAGCGCGAGGAAAGAGAAACGGAGGACAGGACCGACAAGGAGAGACAGCGUCGCCGCGAGGUCAACGACACUCGUCUCAACGGCCAGUUCCUCAGCCAGUACCAAGCCAGCCAGCCAGUAUCUGGUCGUGCUGCCGCCACCGAGCCCAGCGAGAACCAGCGCAUUCGACAAUUGGAGAUGGAGCUGGAGAGUGCCAAGGAAAGAGAAGCCCAGUAUGAGCGCGAGCGACGAGCUCUCCGAGAGAAGGAUUCCGCAGGCAGCAGCAACAACACCCCUCCAGCCCGCAGUCCUCGUCCUGUUCCCGUCCCUCCCAAACCCAGCUACGAUCUCUCUUCUCUGGAACAGGAGCGCCGUCUCCUACGCACAUGGCAGGAUCAUCAGCGGGAAGAGCCCAUUGCCGAGUCCAGCCCACCACCUAUGCCGCCUCGUCGGCCCCUACCCGACCCGACCUCGACAGCCAGCAGCGGUGGUCCCCCUCCCAAACCUCCCCGCCCUCUCCCUGACCCGGUGAACCAGAAACAAGAGAGCCGCGUCGACCGAUUCCUCUCCUUCAACCGUCCCCCGGUAGCCGCCAAGCCCGCCGCCCACCGUCCCCAAGACUACAGCACCACCUCUGAAGUCGACGCCGAGAACAGCCGCCGCGAAGCCGCGCAACAAAAGACCAAAGCCGGCGGCUGGGCCUCCAAGUCCCUUCUCGAGCGGGAGAUGGAGCGCGAACGCGAGCGCCAGCGCGAAUGGGAAGACAACCAGAAACAGACCGAGGCCGUCGCCGCCCAGGGUCUCGGUGACUCCUCAAUAGGCACGGGCCCCGGCCAGGGCGCCUGGAACGUCCACCAGUAUGGGUUUUUGGGCGGCGAUAGUCAGAACCGAGGAGGGCCUGGCUUGGGCGUUGGUGGUGCGAGGCGUCAGAUCAUCGGUCCCAGACCUCCUCCGUAAAGCGCGAUCCUUCUUUCUUUUUUUCUAUCUAUAACUUAACAUAGUGAUAUCCAUCCUUGUAUCUAUCUAACUACCGGGAAUUUUGGCAGGGAGUUCUUGCUUUUCUAUCUUCUAUUGUUUAACUGGGUGGGGGGUCCGUGAUAUCAUGGAAGGUUCUGUGUGGUCGUUGUUGCAUCUAGUUUUUUUGAAAUUUGAAUAAGAAGUAUCAAAAAAGAGCAAAGCGCCAUCAUUCAAGAACAAUCUGGAAGUAGGGACAGAGAUAGAGGAGUGAGUGUAAGUAUCGAAUUCUAACGGGUAAAGAAGGAUAUGCAGAAAUGACCAAGGUCCUACGGAUUCGACGACGUUCUCCGGAGACGUCCUUUGGCAGAGGUGUUCAGUGGAGAUCCUAAGCGGAUUUCGUAACCACUGAACUAUAGAACCACCUGAUCUACUCAUUUCAUUCCUAUCAAGCCAGUUUGUCAACACUACUGAUUUCAUACCCAAAUGAUACUUUGCCCACACUCAAUAGUACCUUGGGAUAAUGCGUGCAUAGCCCUGGGCCCUCUUGGACUCGAGACUGUGCGCAACUUGAGCC